AAUGGAAUCCUCCGUGUCUACCUACUUGUCUACGUAUCGCUUGUGGCUUGGCAUCGAUAUCAGUCAUGUGACUGUUCUGGCUAUUCUGGCCUUCGACAUAUCUUCUUCAGCUUGGCCCUUUUUUAUUCAGGCUUCUCAUCUCAGGAUUCUUCCGAGAUGGCUGCAUCAUUGACUCUCGGCCAGGUUCUGAAAGGCAGAACGGGGAUUUAUACCAUCGUCAAGAAACUGCAGGACUGUGUUUGGCUUGCAACAAGAGAGAACCAGGAAAGGUUUGUGGCUAAGAGUGUUUCCCAUUUCCGAUUACAAAAUGAACGGGAUAUCCUACUUCGUUUCCAGGAUAGGACAGCCUCUAUUCGCCCACUUCUAGAUGAAGUCGAAGAACCAUCAGUCGCUCAUGCGCUUAUCUUGAGACAUCUGGAUGAUGAUGCCUUACAUGCAUCUAACAAACAGCGUCUGACCCGCCCAGAAGUGAAAUAUGUUGCAAAAAGAGUACUUGAAGCCCUUUCGACUUUACAUGGUGAGGGCUUUGUUCAUACUGGGCAGGGUCUAGAUAUCAAGCCUAGUAAUGUAUUGAUGGAUUAUGGCAAAGGCCAUAUUCGAUUUCGAGAUGUCCAACUCGCCGAUUUUGGAAGCACCGUUCACGUUGACUCGUCUUAUGCUCAAAGUGGUGACUCUAUCGGUACACCAAUUUUCAGAAGCCCUGAAGCUCAUCUUCAAAUGAAAUGGGACACUGCAACAGACAUAUGGUCUUUUGGCGCGAUGGCAAGAUUCCACAUCUUCAAACCUGAUGUAUCUCCAGACCAUGACGAGUACGAUAUCAAGAUUCUCCUGAAGCAUCAUCGCUGCUUCGGUCCAUUUCCAGAAUCAUAUGAAGAAAUCGCGGACCAGGAGAGACUGGCAGUUCUCAUAUGGGUCAUGCAGAAUAGCCCUCCAGAGACUUUGAGGCCCUUUCAUCUCACGACUACACAGGAGAUUUCUCAGGAAGACAAGGAAUUUGUACUAAAAGUGAUGAAACUCGACCCAAGAGAUAGGCCGACUGCACGGGAGUUGCUGGAUGAUGGUUGGUUUCAUGAAGUCUGA